AUGUUGCAGUAUGCAGACGACCUGGGUGGGUUUGAAGCAUCCAAGUCUUUCACAUCUCUACUUUUCUGGCUCAUGCACGAUGAACACUGGGACAUGGCUGCUGCGGUUCGUUCCAUCGAAGCAUCUUCUGCCACCGCCGAGUCCUACAUCCUCCGCAAAAUGUUCCAAGGAUUCGACCACGAGAGUUUCUGCAUGGAUAACAACCUCUCUUCCCUCCUCAACCUGACACGAAGUCCAAUGGACCCUUGUGAUGGAGGAGUCACUGUUUGGUGA